AUGAUCGUUACAUACUACUCACACAGUGCAGUCAUGUCUCUCCCUCAGCCAAAGAAAAUGCAGAGAGCCAAAUUUUGGAGUACAAAAGUAGAAGAAGCCUAUAGAUUCCAACUUGCUGGCUACAGAGAUGAGCAGGAGUACUUGACACACACCUCCAAGUGUGAGGUUGAUCGCUGGUGUAUGAACAACUAUGUGAAGAAACUGGUCCGCAAAGAUGGUCUGUUUUAUUACUACAACAGGUCGAGGGAGUGUGCCAACAAAGACUUGAACAAAGUCAAACUGUACUUCUAUUAGCUAGAUCAAAUCCAUCUUAUUUUUGCAUAAUUAUGUACAUGUUUAUAGCAAUUUAAUAUAAAGUUAUGAUAUUUCAUUACAAAA